AUGUCUUUUUUAAACAGAAGCGUUUCCCCUGGGCAACGAUCGAACUUGCCUGUGGCGUCUAAUUGUGAAACAGAACUUCAAGAAAACCAUCCUGCCGAAGCAGAAGAUAAGCUCUUCCUUACCAAAAAGGAAACUGAAACGACCAUUGACAGUCAAGAGCAACUGAAUGCUAUUUCAAACGGGAAUAUGAGCAGUGGUAGUAGUUUGCUGCAAACUGCUGUUGAGAAGAGCGAUGCCAGUCAAGGUCAGAUAUUGUAUCGUGUGGCUCUGCUGGCUAUGUGCCUUCUCUCAGCAGUUUCUCUUGGGCUCACCUUGCUGAUGUUGUUUGGUGUACUUCACGUUGGUUCACCGCGAUGUACCUGCUCUGGAGAAACAGAGGCGUCGGAGCUUGAAAAGAAUGUGCAAGAGAUGAAAAGGAACCUCUCGGCUUUGCGAGAAUAUUCGGACCAAAAUACAAAAGAAAUCUGGCUCGCAAUACAGAGUGCACCCUGCACAUUGAGCGAACUAAACACAAGUGUGAAUGAAAAGCUUCUUUAUUUUCGACAGCAGAUUCUGCAGCUUGAUCAGAAGGUGAAAAAUACAAAUAGCAGCAGGAGCAUCGUGAUAGGACCACCUGGAGUCAAUGGUAGUAAUGGUGAAGUUGGACCUACUGGACUUCCCGGACCACCAGGAUAUGAUGGUACUAAGGGUGACAUUGGACCUGCCGGACCUGUCGGACGUGCCGGACCUCCAGGAUAUAAUGGUACUCAGGGCCCUGCAGGACCAUCUGGACCACCUGGUGUUCAGGGCCUUCGUGGACCAUCUGGGUAUAAUGGUACUCAGGGCCCACCUGGACCCGGGGCCAGUUCCUGUGUUUUUAAGACUUUAUCGAGCCCUGGCAUGGCAGCAUCCUCGAUCGCCCGACAAGAAAUUACAGCGACGGAACCAAACGGUAAGACGUUUAUUGGCGUAAACUGUGAUACAAAUGAUGCAAAAGUUGCUAAAUUAUCAAGCACCAUCUCAGGUGGAAAGAGAACCUAUAAGUGCUAUUGCGAAGGAACCUUAACAACUGGAGAACCAACGAUGUAUUGCUACAUGCACAACUGGGAGUGUCAGAUAUAAGAGGGAAAACGGAAGGCCAUUCGAUGAACAGGAGUCUUUGUGAAGACAGUAACAGGGUGUUGAAUCAAAACUAGAGGAAGAACUUUAUUUUUAC